GACGUAUAAUUCAGCGGCCGGUUAACCAGUGAAUGAUAUUUCGGGUCAGGUCGGAGGGGUUCUGGAGGACAGUUAACCAUGGCCCUGAGGGCGAUCCGGUUGGUCAUCCCAUCGGGGACAACCGUAUUGAGAUCUGCUAACGUCGCUCAGAAGGCAUGGCCACAAAACGCGUCCGUGCACACCACCCCGGCCAGGAGUCUGGUGUAUGGCUGGUUGGCCUACAUGCUGGGGGAAAGGACCACGCCGCGCUUCAAUCAGUAUAGCAAGAUCAUCUCCGUUGACGGCAACCUGGCGUCGGGGAAAGGAGCGCUGGCGCAAAAGCUGGCUGACAAGCUGGGGAUGCUUUACAUGCCAGAGGCUGACACCUUCUACCUGGACAAGAUGACCGGAGAGAAGCAACCCCUCCCCAUUGACUUCAACGGGAUGUGCAGCCUGGAGAAGUUCUACGAGGACCCCAAAGCUGCAGACGGUAACAGCUACAGGCUGCAGCUGUGGAUGUACACCAUGAGGCUGCUUCAGUACUCGGAUGCCAUCGAACACCUGCUCACCACAGGCCAAGGAGUCAUCCUGGAGCGCUCCCCCUUCAGCGACAUGGUCUUCCUGGACGCCAUGUUCAAGCAGGGCUACAUCAGGAAGGAGUGCGUGCAGCACUACGAGGAGAUUAAACACAUCAGCAUCUGUGAGUUCCUGCCCCCGCACCUCGUUAUCUACGUGGACGUGCCUGCCGAGGAGGUGCACAGGAAGCUGAAACAGAGCGGCAGGCCACACCUUCAGAACGUGGAUUUGGCGUACCUGAGGAGCAUCGAGGACAGCUACAAAAAGUCCUUCCUGCCACAAAUCAGUGAAGAAUCAGAGCUGCUAGCGUACAGCGCAACCCAAGCACAAGACGUCGAGAGGGUCGUGGAGGACAUCGAGUACUUGAAGUUUGACAAAGGGCCGUGGCUGGAUCAAGACGACGUCUCCUACCACCACAUGAGAAUACUGGUUCAGGACAAGCAGGGGGUGGCCACGUUGACCCACAUACCCAAGUUCCUCCCAGAGAUCACCAUCGGUGCUCACGACUUUGAUGAAAAAUACUACGCCUAUAGAUCACUUCCCGGGAAGAAAUACGCUCCUGGUUUUAAUGCAGACGUUGGAGACAAAAACCUCUGGCUGAAGUAAAGAAGCCUGCGACCAAUCAGCUCGCAACUUGUCUGCGCUUGUACAUCCUAAAUAUGUAUGUAUUCACAAAAUAAAUGCUGACUCACUA